AUGCUUUGGCAGUUCCUUUUGGCCUACACAGACUACAAUGAUUUUGAUGACUUAGUCUUCGGCCAUAAAUAUAAAUGCAAACCUGGUAAUGAUGCAUGUAGAUUUCAAGUUUUCAGCGGUGACGGUGACGUUGCGCUCUUUAUGGCAUACGAUACACAAGAAGAAGACGAACGCAUGGGUCACUCAAUAAUUAGCGUGAUAAUAAUUGAGGAUAGACUGUAA